UAUCUAUGUCUCAGAUCUGUUAUUGUUAUCAUAUGGCUAUCUAUAAUAUGCAGAUGGCGUCUGAUGGAAAAACUAACCCUAACGAUCAACUACUGAUACCAUUAAUCAAAGAAGAUAGAGUAUCCUUCUACUCCAAUUUGUGCAUAGCCGCCGAAACUCGUUACAGGAAGAAACCCGGUGCCAAAAGUUUGUCAAAAUGGGGGAACGCUCUCAUGGACUUGGCUGCAAACAUGUAUAGCGUAGAAUCACAACAACUGUUGUAUGGAGAUGCAAUUAGAAAGUUGAAGGAGGCACUAUCUCUUAAUCCUGAAAUGCCUCACACUCAUUGGCUGCUGGGGGUCGCUUAUUACAAUUAUGGAAUCUUAACUAAAGAUUAUGCAGACGCUCGACCAUACUUUCAAUGUGCUAAUCACUGCUUCAUUAAGGCAGCUUUUGGGGAUCUGGCAAACGAACUUUAUUAUACGUGGAUGACUAAGGCUAUCAUGAAUCCAGAUUUACACAAGUCAUCGCAAAAGUUCCGCUUGAAGAUAAUGGCGAAUCGCAAAUUACGCUUGGGCUUGGACAUUAUGCCUGACUCAGGAAUAGAGGAAAUGGAAAAGAAGGACAAGUUUGGUUGCUUGGCAAUUGCAGGCUGUUGCUUUGGGAUUUGGGCGGCUUUCAAAAAUUUUUUAGUUGCACUUGAUGAAAUACUUUGAUUAAUGUUGUGGAAUGUGUAGAAGUAUACAUCUUUGCCAUGGAUUAGUUUAUCAUUAUCUAUGUUGUGGGAACGUGACUUGAUGGAUAUAUGCUUAAAUAUGCCCUUCGGGAGGCUUCAUUUGAAAUA